AUGGGGAACAAAGUUGUGACUUUUACGGAACAACAGUUAGAAGACUAUCAGGACUGUACAUUUUUUACAAGGAAAGAAAUAUUGCGGGUAUUCAAGCGGUUCCGCGACGUGAACCCGGAGCUGGUGCCCAAACGCAUGACAGAAAGUCAAGCGCACACCAUCGCCGUUCCGGUCGAGGAGAUUGAAAAACUUCCAGAGCUUAAAGAGAAUCCUUUCAAGCGACGUAUCUGCCAGGUAUUCUCGCACGACGGCUCCGGCAAUCUGACCUUCGAGGAUUUCCUGGACAUGAUGUCCGUCUUUAGCGAGGCUGCACCAAGGGACAUUAAAGCCUGGUACGCAUUCCGAAUAUACGACCUUGAUGAUGACAUGUACAUAGGAAGGGAAGACUUGCUUGAAGCGACAAGAUUGUUGACAAGAGGGGAAUUACAUCCACACGAAAGGGACGAGAUCGUAGCCAGUGUUCUGGAUGAGGCAGACGUCGACGGCGAUGGAAGACUUUCCUUCAUGGAUUUCGAACACGUUGUAGUACGAGCACCUGAUUUCUUAUCAACAUUCCACAUUAGAAUCUGA